AUGACUACUACAACUACUAGUAUGCACAUUGCUUUAGCAAAUCCCUUAUCUUUCCAUAAAAUUUCAAAAUCGGGCGUUGCUAAUUUCAGUAGAGACUUUAGUGGAUCAUCAUGUUCAAAGUUUAAAAGCUCACGCUAUGUUUCUUCGAUACAGUUAUUAUCUGAUAAGAAUGUCAAAUCUAGUUCUUUGAGAUUUGGAAAGAUGACCACAAAAGCAAUGUCAGAUUCUAAUGACCGAAAACCUCUUCCAGGGCUGCCAAUUGAUCUAAGAGGAAAGACAGCAUUCAUUGCUGGUAUGGCUGAUGAUAAUGGAUAUGGUUGGGCAAUAGCAAAAUCUCUAGCUGCUGCUGGUGCUGAGAUUCUUGUUGGCACAUGGGUCCCAGCAUUCAACAUAUUCAAAACUAGUCUUGAAAGGGGGAAGUUUGACGAAUCACGUGUAUUGCCAGAUGGAUCUUUGAUGAAUAUUACUAAAGUGUACCCCUUAGAUGCCAUCUAUGAUACACCUGAAGAUGUUCCCAUGGAUGUAAAAUCUAAUAGGCGUUAUGCAGGUUGCUCAAAGUGGACCAUUAAGGAAGUAGCUGAAUCCGUAAAAGAGGAUGUUGGCAGAAUCGACAUUCUUGUGCAUUCAUUAGCCAAUGGACCUGAGGUUACCAAACGUCUCUUACAAACAUCAAGAUUUGGGUAUCUGGCUGCCAUCUCAGCAUCAAGUUAUUCUUUGAUAUCUUUGCUGAAACAUUUUUUCCCAAUAAUGAACCCAGGCAGUGCUUCAAUUUCUCUGACCUACAUGGCUUCUGAAAGGAUCAUUCCAACCUACGGUGGAGGUAUGAGUUCAGCCAAGGCUGCUUUGGAGAGUGACACAAGAAUGUUGGCAUUUGAUGCCGGAAGAAAACAAGGAAUCCGAGUGAAUACAAUUUCAGCAGGAACACUAAGAAGUCGUGCUGCCAAAGCGAUCGGGCCCAUUGAUCAGUAUAUCAAUUAUGCAUUAGAGAAUGCGCCGCUGCAAAAAGAACUAUUAGCAGAGGAGGUCGGAAAUGCUGCUGCUUUUCUUGCAUCACCGCUGGCUUCAGCCAUCACGGGGACAGUGUUGUAUGUGGAUAAUGGUCUAAAUGCAAUGGGCGUUCGAGUUGAUAGCCCUACACUUACAGAUGUUGAUUUAUCAUAAACCAUAAGUUAAGUUAGUCACAAAGCACAAUCCAGUUUUUGAUUGGCUUUGUUUCCUUCACAGUUUUACAUUACAAUGUAUAUGUGGUACUAUCGCACUUCCAGAU